GAUGCUGUUUACUCAUGAUGCAAAUGAUGUUAUGGAAGAACAUUAUCUUCUGGUAGCAUGAAUCAGCUACUAUGUAGAGGUAUUAAACACUGUCCAGGGAGGUGGGGAGGAGACACUGACAGCAGGUCAGAGCUCACACCAGCAGCACCCACAGCAUUCACUCACCCAACAUCAGGGAUGGAGAAAUCUGUGUUACUCAUGUUGCUUGUCUUCUCAGGGCUCAGCAUCCUCCCCUCAUGUCUCUCUUUCCAUUAUAAGUAUGUGAAUGGGAAUAAGACCUGGUAUGAAGCACAGAGGAUCUGCAGAGAGAACUACACUGACCUGGCCACCUUUUAUGACAACACAACCAACCCUGUAAAAGAGUUUCCUCAUGUCAAUGCGUGGAUAGGACUGUCUAGCGGCCCUUGGAUGUGGUCCCUUAAUGAUACCAUUUUAGACUCCAGUUACACUGAUUUUUAUAAAGCUGAUAAUGACCCGCCUGAACAGUCGUAUGAAAAUAAGAUCUGUGCGAAAAUGUUCGACAUGUCAUGGAAGCCUUUCAACUGUUCAGAGGAAAUUCCUUUUAUAUGCUAUUGUGAGUUGAUACACUCCUAUAUACGAUAUGAACUCAAAUUAUUUACGUUUGACAUCCUCUUUAAAAUGGGAUUUAGAGGCAAAACACAUCAGCAAGAUAAUACAAAUAAGUACAGCUGCCCCGGUUUAAAAAAGACAUGGAAUGAAUCUCAGAGCUACUGUCGGCAGAAUCACACAGACCUGGUCAGUGUGAGAAACGAGAGGGAGGAGGAGAUGAUAUUUGACGCAAUAAAAACUGAAACGUUUUGCAACUCAGACUUUUGGAUUGGCCUGAGUAGAGUGAAGUGGCAAUGGUCUGACCAGAGUGUCUUUCACUUCCAAAACUGGAAACAACACAAGCCUAAUGGAGGAAACACACGGCAGUGUGUGGAAAUGUUCGGUGAUUCUGGACUUUGGAAUGAUGCAUCAUGUGAACACACUAAUCCGUUCAUCUGCUAUGAUGAUGACCUGGUCCUGGUUCAUGAGAACAAGACCUGGGUUGAAGCCCUGAACCACUGCAGACAGCAGGGAUGGGAUCUGGUGUCCAUCCACUCUGAGAGGAUCCAGCACUGGGUGCAACGUCGGGCCAGAAAAGCCACCACCCCCUAUGUCUGGCUGGGCCUGAGGCACACCUGUGCAUUGCAGGUCUGGUUCUGGGUGACUGAACAUGCCCUGUGCUACCAGAACUGGGCCCCGGGCCACGGGGAGAGCUGGGAGGAGUAUAAGAAGGCAGGUGCCAUGCAGAGGGAGGGGCCACAGCAGUGGGAGGGCAUGCACCAGACAGAGAAGCUCAACUUCAUCUGCACCAAGACACCUGAUGAUUACUAGGAUUCAAACUUCGUAUGUCCAGUUUAUCUUGUCAAGAGACGGGAAUUUAAACAGCUAUUUGGUGUUUUUGUUAUUUUUACUUUUUACAAUUUCUUAAUUUGUCAUAUUUCUACUGCUUUUCACAUGUUAAUGUUUAUAUUUUGGGGUUUUACGUAUGUUUUUUUCAUAUGUUAGUGAUUUUAAGAUUAUAUUCAGGAUAUAUUUCCUGGGUCUAAAUGGGUCUUCGGUGCUCAAAAAAACAGUCUGUGUUACCGUGUCACCUUAUUAACAGACAUCUAUGUCUUACAAAAAAAAAUGCUUCUGAAAAUUGAAAAUCGUAAUAUCCUGAGUACA